AUGUUCAAAAAAUUUAAAGAUAAGCUAGCAGAAGAAGUGAAGUCUUCGCCACAACGAAUACAACAGUUUGCACAAGCUGCUCAGGCUGCUGUGACAUCAGCAUCAAGUAGUAUAUCUGAUAUCACAAACAAUGACCUAUUUUCAAUAGAAGAUAGUGAUAAUUCAACUAAAACUCAAUUAUCUAACAGUCAGCCUAAUGCAAGUCAGAACUUAAAUCAAUCUACGCUGAGUUCUGCAGAUUAUGCAGACUUUUCAAUGGGUUUUGAGAAUCGACAACGACAAAGAAGAUUAUCUAAUAGUUCAUUUGCUAGUGACAUAUCAUUUCAACUACCAAAUUAUGAGAGCCCAUCUAUGUACCAUUUACAGUCUGAUAUGGAUGUGUCGGCCAGUGAAGCGGAAGAAGUUAAUAUUGGAAAUGUGAACCUCAACCGUGUAACAAAAGAACAGUUGUAUGCGGCUUACAGAAGGACACAGGAACGAUGCAAAAAGUAUAAAACACAAUAUUCUGAUUUAGCGAGGCAUUAUAAACUUUUGGAAAGAGAAAAUGCUAAAGCAAGGAAUGUUCUCGUUGAGACACAAGAUAAAGCAUUGAGAAGAAUAUCAGAACUAAAAGAACAGUGUUUGUUGGAAAAUAGUGCAAAAGCCCAUCUGGAACAAGUAUUGCGUGUUGAGUUGGAAGAAAAAAAUAUGAAGAUUGAGUCCCUGAGUACCCAACUUAGUGUUUUGCAAAAUGAUAAUUUAGUGAAUAAGAAUGAUGCUAAUGACAAUGCACAAAUGCAAUUAAUAAGUUUAAGUGAUGACAACGAAAAGGAUGCGACCCAAUCGGCAGAAGUUAUUAAUAAUAAGAUUGAAAAGUUAGAACAAUUACUAAACAAGUAUAAGGAAUCACUUAAAGUGACUAAAGAAAAGAAUUCCAACUUAACCACUGAAAUACAAAAGCUUAACAUACAAUUGGACACUAAAACAAAAGAAAACGAUCAAUUGCAGCAAAAUAUUGAGAAAAUGAAAGAAAGCACACAAAACGUUCAAGAGUUAUUAAACAAAAUAGAAACUUUGGAAAAUUUAAAUAGUUCUCUAGAAUUUUCUAAAAAUAAAGAUGUCUCGAUUUUAGAAUCCAACUUGAAAAAUUCCCAAGAAGAAAUUGCCGAAUUACAAAAUAAGAUAAAGAUAUUGAGUAAGAGAGAAGAAGAAUAUGCUAUUUCAUUGGCAGAGAACAAAUUGAGAAUUCAUAAAGAACUAGAAAGUAAAGAAACCGAAAUAAAAGCGCUUAAGGGUGGUUUAGAAAACGGAUGCCAGGAAAUCGAAACUCUGGAAAAAACUGUUAAAGAUCAGAAAAAUAAAAUUCUACAAUUAGAAAGUGACAUUCUUAAAUUAAAUAAUGACGUUCAUGAUUUAUCCUUUACUAAAACAAAAUUGGAUAAUCUUAAUAAAGAAUACGGUAAUCUUAACGAAAAGAUCAAGGUUUUAGAAAAUGCCAAAGCAAAAUGUGAAGAAGAUAUUAAUUGUCUCCAUUUACAGCUUAAACAAGAAACAGCUGAAAAGCUAUCGGUCAUUGAUCGUAAUGUUUACUUAGAAAGUCGUAACUCACAAUUGACAGAUGAAAAUACAAAGAAGCGUUCUCAAAUUAAUAAACUCGAAGAGGAAGUGGCGUUAAUGAAAAGUAAUUUAAAUGAUUUAAAAACCACUUUAGCUCAACAGGAACAAAGCGACACAGAAUCCAGUAUUCUAAGACUAACCGAAGAAGCUUCGGCAUGGAAGUUGAAGUGUAGUAGUUUGGAAUCGGAAAUACAAGAUGAAAGAGUUGAACUAGGAAAACUGCAGUCGGAAAUCGAGAAACUUCUGCAGAAUCAUGAAGCCUUACAAAACCAAAAUAUCGAACUUAGUGCAACUUUUGAAAGGUUACAAUCUGAAAAUAUGAAACUCUACAACGAAGUCGAUAAAUAUAAAGCAAUAAAAAUUCAACUUACCGAAUUUAAAAAAUGUGCUACAGAUAUACGUGGAGUUAUGGGAGUGAUAUCAAACGAAUCAAGAUGUUUAAACAACGAAGUAAUGAACUGGCUACCUCGACUUAACGACGGUAUUGUUAAGCAUCAGAAUCUGGCUUACAGACAAAUAAAGGAAUUAGAACACACCCAAACCUGCUUAAAGGAACAAAAUUCGAAAAUAACGACGGAGUACGAAAUCCUCACUAAAAGUGCAGAUUUAAUGAGAGUCGAAAAUGAGAAAUUAAGGUUAGCUUUGCAAGACAGUGAAUCUAAAUGUGAAAGUAUUUUGGAUCAGCUAAAUAAUCUUACUAAAGAUAAUGAUGCAAUAAAAUCAAAUUUACAGCAAUAUAAUUCUUUAGAUAAUGAAAAUAAAGAACUGCACAAUAAGAUUAAAACCUUAGAAGAACAAAUCAAUAAACUUAGCAAAGAGUUGAAUGAAAGCAAUGAACUACAUAAGUCUAGUUUGUCACAAAUUGAGACUUUAACUAAAGAGAAGUGUAACGCGUCUGAAACUAAACAAGAAUACGAAGAAAACCUAAAACGUAUUAACGAAUUAGAAAAUAAUUUGGAAAUAAUGCAACAAGAAAAUGCUAAAUUGAUUGUAUCUAAAACAGAAAUAGAGAAUUUAUAUAAAACUUUAGAAAUUGAAAUAAAUGAACUACGAGAUAAUUAUUUAAAGAAGGAAAGUGAUUACGAAGCUUUGAAAAAUGAAAGCAACAGUGAAAAAUCAAAACAACAUGAGAUGCAAGAGAAAUAUGAGAAGAUACAAUCAGAACUCUUAGAAAUGAAAGAUACAGUAUCAUCGUUAAAAGACGAUAACAAAAAUCUACGCCAGUUUAAGGAAGAUAAAGAAAAACAAAUUGAAGAAACGGAAGCUGAAUUAAAUCAUGUACGGGACCAGUAUGAAUCUAAGUUAAAGGAAUUUAAUGAAGAGAAAAAUUCACUUAAAUCAACACAGACUGAAAUUGAUAAAAAGUUAUUGGACUACGAAAAACAAAUUAAAGAUGUCAGUGCCGAAUUAAAUCAAGUACGCCAGAGUUAUGAGGGCAAACUAAAAGAGUUAAAUACUGAAAAUGAUUCACUAAAAUCUUCCCAAGUUGAAAUUCAUAGAAGCUUAAAGGAGGAAAAUGAUAGACAAAUUAAGGAAAUUGAAGCAAAAUUAAAUCAAUUACGCGAGAGUUAUGAACAUAGGUUAAAAAAAUUAAAUAAUGAAUAUGAAUUAUUUAAAUCGUCACAAGAUGAAAUUCAUAAAAAGUUAAGAGAAGACAAUGAAAAACAAAUGAAAACAGAAUUAAGUCAAGUACGCGAGAGUUUUGAAAGUAAAUUAAAGGAGUUAAACAAUGAAAAUGAUUUACUUAAAUCUUCCCAAGUUGAAAUUAAUAAAACCUUAAAGGAGGCACAUGAAAAACAAUUGAAAGAUAUCGAAGCAGAUUUAAAUUCAGCACAAGAUAGUUAUGACAGUAAAUUAAAGGAGUUAAAUAAUGAAAAUGAAUCACUAAAACGAUCACAAGCUGAAAUUUAUGAAAAGUUCAAGAAUGCAGAAUCAGAAUUGACACAACUUAUUUCAAAAUAUGACGAAUUGGAGCAAAAAACAGUUGAGUUGAAUAAUGUAAUCAAAGAUUUGGAAACGAAAAGUAUAUCACAAAAUAACAUUAUUGAAGAACAAGAGAAAGCAAUAUCUUUGCACAAAGUCUGCGAAUGCGACAGUCUCAGAGAAGAUAACAGAAGACUAUGUUCCGACAUCGAAGGCCUACAAACUUAUUUAACGAAAAUUUCAAAAGAAAAUAGCGAAUUGAAUGAUAAACUACGUGAAGUGUUGGCAAGUGAAAAUUCAAGUGACAGUGAACUACAAACAGAAAUACAAUCUGGUAAAGAUAAAAUCGACGAACUUUUAAGAGAAAAUUCGUUGUUAAUUGAAGAAAAUUUAGAAUUAAAAGAUCAAAUACAGAACAGUACACAGACGCGCGCACCGAGCAGUGAAGAGAAAAACCUAAACGAUAAAUACAAACUAUUACAUGAAGCGAAAAGCAGUUUGGAAAUCAAAGUUAACGAAUUGGAAGAAAUCAAUGAUUCGUUAAAUAGAUCUAUGGAUCAAAAUCAAAAUAAUUAUGAAAGACUGAAGUUGUCUAAUGAGAAGUUGCAAAGGAAACUGGAUGAAGCUCUCGUCAGUCUAAGACAUUUGCAUGCCCUCGAAGAGAAUACGGAGUUGGAAUACCUUCGAAACAUUUUGUAUGAAUAUUUAACUGGGCCAGGGUCACAUUCGCUGACAUUAGCCAAGGUGCUGGCGGCUGUAGUCAAAUUUGAUGAUCGACAAACUGAACAAGUGCUGGUAAAGGAAAGGGAGCGGCAAGGUUUUCUUCACCAACUAGGAAUCAUUUGA